UAAUUUAUGACACAACAGUCUGUCUGUGUGUGUUUGUGUGCGUAAAACACACACUGUGUUUGGGGGGAGAUGUCAGAAAUUGGAAAAUUAUAAUCUUGGAAGCAGGCGGGAAGAACGUGCUAUGAAAUAUGAUUGUGUGAUUUUAACUAAAUCUGUCGUCUCUUUGGAACUUAUUCUCGGAGUUUAACUGCUUGUAAUUUAGAUGAAAUAAUCCCCCUGACUCCUGUUGCUGCACAUUAGCGCACUAAAUCAUUCUGACUAACUUCACUUCCCCCUCCCGGACACGCUCAGGGAGCGCUGCGCGCCUGACAAAAUACUCCCCCAUCACCGCCUCAAGCUGCUGCUCAGUGCUUGAGAGGACCGAGAGGAGCUGCGUGCGCUUCAGCCUCUCCUCUCUAGAUAAAAAAAAAUAAAAAAUAAAUCCUCUCACUAACUGCAUCCUUCCGAGUGCGCAAAGACGAGUCCUGGCUCCGUCACCCUGACCACGGCGGGACCGAUGUUGAAUGUGCGCACCGGCGUUUCCCGAAAAUGUGCCCGUCCUCUGGAUCCAAGCCGAGCCCGGGUUCUCUCACCGAAGCUGGGAAACUCUUCCUGAAACACACAACCCUGCACGGCUUACGGCACAUCUUCCUCAGCGGCUCGUACCCACGGAGAGUUGCGUGGCUUCUUGCGUUCUUGGCGGCCGUGGCUCUGUUCUUCGCCUGGUCCUCCAACAGAGUGCGGUACCUGCUCUCUUCGCCCAUGUACACCAAGGCGCACAUGGUGUACGCCAAGCGGCUGGUUUUCCCCGCCGUCACCAUCUGCAACCAGAACCUGCUGCUGCCUCGACGCAUGAAGAAGACGGACAUAUUCACCUCCGGGAGGUGGCUGGGGCUGCUGGAGAAGGAACCUGACUCGCCCAACUUGCAGGUCUCCCCCGCUGCGAAAGAGGCGCUUCUGGCUCUGCUGGGUGACGGCGGAGAGAGCGCGGGCAGCGAGCCGCCGUGGCUGUCGCGGAUUUUAGACUUCAAAAACUUCCUUCCUCCUCCUUUGGAGUCCCAGCCGAGUAUGAAGGAGCUGCUGGACCGGCUGGGACACCAGCUGGAGGAGAUGCUGCUGUACUGUCGGUACCAGGGAGAGCCCUGCGGGCCGCGUAAUUUCAGCAUUAUAUUUACACGCUACGGGAAAUGCUACACAUUUAAUUCAGGCCAAGAUGGACGACCCCUUCUGGUGACGAUGAAGGGCGGAACGGGCAACGGCCUGGAGCUGAUGUUGGACAUCCAGCAGGAUGAAUACCUGCCUGUGUGGGGAGAGACUGAUGAGACAUCAUUUGAAGCUGGGAUCAAGGUUCAGAUCCACACGCAGGACGAGCCGCCGUUCAUAGACCAGCUGGGCUUCGGAGUGGCUCCAGGAUUUCAGACCUUUGUUUCCUGUCAAGAGCAACGGCUGACGUACCUGCCCCCACCGUGGGGCGACUGCAAGUCCACGGCGAUGGACUCCGACUUCUUCAGCAGUUACAGCAUCACUGCCUGCAGAAUUGACUGCGAGACGCGAUACCUGGUCGAGAACUGCAAUUGCAGGAUGGUCCACAUGCCUGGAGAUGCCCCGUACUGCACCCCGGAGCAGUACAAGGAGUGUGCAGAUCCUGCCUUGGAUUUCCUUGUUGAGAAAGACAAUGAUUACUGUGUGUGUGAGACCCCAUGCAACAUGACUCGAUAUGGCAAAGAGCUGUCCUUUGUGAAGAUUCCCAGCAAGGCAUCGGCCAAGUACCUCGCCAAGAAAUUCAACAAGACGGAACAGUACAUUGCUGAUAACAUUCUGGUUUUGGAUAUCUACUUUGAGGCGCUGAACUAUGAAACCAUUGAACAAAAGAAAGCCUACGAACUGGCAGGCCUUCUGGGCGAUAUCGGAGGUCAGAUGGGUCUCUUCAUAGGCGCCAGCAUCCUCACCGUUCUCGAGCUGUUUGACUACCUGUACGAGGUGAUCAAGUACAAGCUGUGCAGAUGCAUGAAGAAGAAACACAAAGGCCGCAGCAGCAAUGAUCGGGGAGCUGUGCUGAGCCUGGAUGAUGUGAAACACCAUGCUCCUUGUGACAACCUGCGUACGCCGUCUACAUAUCCCGGGAACAUGCUACCUCACCAUCCGGGCCAGGGCAACUUUGAAGACUUCACCUGCUGAGCAGACCUCAGUAAAGCAUCACCGUGCGUGUUAUGCAACCAAAGCCGACCAUACAGCAACAAACUUUCUGACGCACAGACAGUGAAGAGCUGAUGCUGAUGAACAAAAACAGAGGCAUUUUUUACAUAGAAACUGAGGAAAAAAAUAAUAAAUCAAUCAAACACGAUAAAGGAUUUCCAUCCAAUGGCCAAGUAAAGAGAGAGCCCUGAAUAUUAAGAAGUAUAUUUUGAUCUUUAGAGAAACAUUUCAUGCAGCGGUCCAAACUCUUUUGUGUUGUUCCUCUGGAAUACUGCCACAACAGAUACUGGCGGAGAAGGUUUGCCAACAACAACAACAACAAACUCUCUUACAGGAAUAAAGGAAAAAAAAGAAAAGAAAAAGCAUCCAUUGUUACUGGAAAAUGUACAGUAAUUUCACCGCAAACAGAAAAGAGCCUCCAUGCCUUUAUGUGACACAGCAACAACACUAUCCCCCCUCCCCAACCUGCUUCUGUGACGAUCCUCAUGAUGCUUACUCCACUGUACAUGUAGCAACACAAGGAAAGGUUUGAGAAUGUAUCUCUGUCCAUGCCUGAUGGGGAAUGGGUGGAAAACGCGGCAGCAGCACAGGUGCAACAUCUACCAUUC